AUGACGACUCGCGCUCAUGCCGGUGUUGGCGUUCUGGUAGAACCCAACACUGCCGAUAGAAUUAUCGUUUGGAAGCCUAUCAGCGCAAGGGUGGUAAUACUCCGACUGAAGCUACAACAGGCUAAAUCGAUUACCUUGGUACAGGUCUAUGCGCCCAAUUUGGAGGGAGAAUAUGAGACCCUUCGUGAGGAAGUGCAGUGUGCUCUGUCCGAAGUGCCGAAUACAGAGUUUCUCAUACUGAUGGGCGAUUUUAAUGCGCAUGUCGGAGUAGACGCUGAAAAGUGGCGUGAUUGUGAAAAACGGCCCUAG